AUGAUGAUGAAUAGUCCAUUGUCUGUUCAAAACGAACGCGUACAACGUCGCCACUUUCUUAUUCUUGGUUUCAUAUUUUUUGUAUCCAUAGCAAGUUUGUUUGUGAUAUACAUCCUAUUUCCUGAAAUUGAUCCAUCAGAAAAAGAUGCAUUUAAACUACCGAAAACAAUGGAUGACGCAAAGUAUCUUGGCAAUGUUCUUUACAAAUACAGCAAACACCAUCGAUAUAUAAUCAUGAUCGCUUUCUUUCUCACGUAUAUUUUUCUACAAACAUUCGCUAUACCCGGUUCGAUAUUUCUCAGUAUUCUCGCCGGAUUUCUUUACCCGUUUCCACUGGCCUUAUUUCUUGUUUGUCUGUGUUCGUCGCUGGGUGCUAGUUUCUGUUAUUUAUUGUCUAAACUCUUCGGUCGACAUCUUCUUCUGAAAUAUUUUCGAACAAGAAUCAUCGAAUGGCAACGAAAGGUUCAAGCACGUUCAGAUAGUUUACUAUGGUUUAUAAUUUUCCUCCGUAUUACGCCGAUAUUGCCAAAUUGGUUCAUUAACUUAUGUUCGCCAAUUCUCGACGUCCCAUUGAAACCUUUUUUUCUCGGAACAUUCGCGGGUGUUGCACUGCCAUCGGUCCUAUUUAUUCAAGCAGGAAAAACUUUACACCAGCUCUCGUCGGCAUCGGAUGUGUUUUCGUGGCGUUCAAUAAUUAUUCUUGGCUUUUGUGCAAUUCUCUCGCUUCUUCCGAUCUAUUUCAAAGAUAGAAUUCAAAAUUUUUUUAAAAAACAAAGUUAA